CUUCUUGGACAUGGUGUUCCACGAUUGCCUCCUGGCAGAAAGCCUCCUGGUCCUCCUCCUGGGCCACCACCUCCUCAAGUUUUACAGAUGUAUGGCCGUAAAGUUGGUUUUGCCCUAGCUCUUCCUCCUCGGAGACGAGAUGAGGACAUGCUGUAUAGUCCUGAGCUUGCUCGGCGGGGCCAUGAUGAUGUGUCCAGUACCAGUGAGGAUGACGGCUAUCCUGAGGACAUGGAUCAAGAUAAGCAUGAUAAUAGUGACACUGACCGAUCAGAUGGAGAAAGUGAAGGGGAUGACUUUGGGCACCGGGAGGAUGAGAGAGACCAUGAAGGAAAAAAGUCAGGUUUGAGUGUACGGUUUGCAGAUAUGCCUGGAAAUUCAAGGAAGAAAAAGAAAGACAUGAAGGAGCUGACUCCUCUUCAAGCCAUGAUGCUUCGAAUGGCAGGUCAGGAAAUCCCUGAGGGACGAGAAGUAGAGGAAUUUUCAGAGGAGGAGGAUUCUGACGAUUCUGAAGCAGAAAAGCCAUCACAGAAACAGCAUAAGGAAGAGUCUCUUUCUGACGGCUCAUCUGGUGCUGCACAGCAGCAAGCUCCCCCACAACCAGUUCCUUCUCAGAUACAAGCACCUCCCAUGCCUGGACUACCUCCUCUGGGACCACCUCCUGCCCCACCCUUAAGACCACCUGGGCCACCUCCAGGAGCUCCUCCAUUUUUGAGACCACCCGGGAUGCCAGAACUCCGAGGGCCUUUACCGCGACUUUUACCUCCAGGACCACCGGGCUCUCCUCCAGGUCCACCUCCAGUUCUGCCUCUCUGUCCUCCUCCAAGGGGACCUCCACCAAGGCUACCUCCCCCUGCAUCUCCAGAUAUACCUCCCCCUCGUCCUGGCAAGAUGUGCCCACCUUUGGGGCCUCCUCUCGGACCUGCCCCGCCUGGGCUUUUUCCACCGACUCCCUUGCCGAACCCGGGGGUUUUAAGCGCUCCUCCCAAGUUGAUUCAGCUGCCCAAGGCAAAUGACAGGAGCGCAGCCACCAUUGAGAAGAAAGCUACAGCAACCAUCAGUGCCAAGCCACAGAUCACUAAUCCCAAAGCAGAGAUCACUCGUUUUGUGCCCACAGCACUGAGGGUACGUCGGGAGAAUAAAGGGGCAAAGGCUGCUCCCUAAAGAAAGUCAGAGGAUGAUUCCACUGUGCCUCUUGCCAAAGCAACCCCUCAAUCUGGUCCUUCUGUUCCCUUAUCAGUACAAACUAAGGAGGAUGUUUAUGAAGCUUUAUAA